CGGCCGCCAUCACGGCGGCGGCAUGGCCGCGCGGCGGCUUUGCCGCCGGCAGCGAUGCCCUCGCGGAAGCCGCGUGGCGCCUGCCCGCUCUGCGCGGAGGCGUACGACAGGACCGACCUCUCCUUCGACCCCUGCGUCUGCAGCUACAGGGUGUGCCUCCUGUGCGUGCACCGCCUCCGCGAGGAAGGCCAAGGCUGCCCUGGCUGCCGGAGGCCCUACGACCAGGAGCUCCAGCAGCGGCAGGCCGCCGGGAACCCGUGCGCCGCGGGCGGCCGCGGCGUCGCCGGCUCGGUCACGAAGGUCACCGCUGGCGCCGGCGCCACCCGGCCUCCGGCGCCACCAUGCCCAGAGACCACCGCGGGGCCACCGCGGGGCAGCCACGGGACGGCCACGCGGCAGCCGCGCGACCGGGGCCCGGGCUCCCCGGACGUGGCCCGCGCAUGGCCCCCUGCGAGCGCCCCCUCGACGCAGGCGUUGCAGUCUGCGGGUGGUCAAGGUGAGCUCGAGACGAGUGCUUUCAAAGUCGGAGUGCGGUAG